CCAUAUGACCCCGAAUUCGAUAUGGCGGCGUCCGUACCGCGGCGAUUGCCGAGCUUGUUGCUUUGCUCCCUGCGAAGCGGCUGCCGCCCGCGCCGAGAGACGCCAAGGCCGUGCAGGGAAAGGAACCUCAGUAGCUCCGGUGGGGUCCCGGGCCACGCCCGAAACCUCCUGUACGAGCACGUGCGUGAGGGCUACAGCGCGCGCCCCCAGCUGGACAUGGAGAGGCUGUGCGCACACCCAGAAGAGGCUGCGCGCGCCUUGGAGCACCGCAAGGGGGAGCUGAGACCGGCCGACCUGUCGGAGAUUAUUUCCACUUGGCAAUCCCUGGGGAGUCUGCGGAAGGAGAUCCGGACGCUGGAGGAGGAGAAGGCGGCCGUGGCCCAGCAGAUAAAGGCUCUCGUGGACAGCCAGGGCACGGACUCCCUCCAACAGGACCCCGACUAUCAGAGCGCCCGGGCCCGGGGAAGGGCCAUCCGGACACGUCUGGCCGCCCUCUACGCCGACGAGGCCCACCUGGAGGAGCUUUUCUACACGCGAGCGCUCCGACUGCCCAACCAGACCCACCCCGAUGUGCCUGUCGGUGACGAGAGCCAGGCCCGUGUCCUAGAGGUGGUCGGAGAGAAGCCAACCUUCGCCUUCCGCCCGCGGGGCCACUUGGAGAUUGGGGAGCAGCUGGACAUCAUCCGCCAGAAGCGGCUGUCCCACGUGUCCGGACAGCGAUCCUAUUACCUCCGCGGCCCCGGGGCCUUGCUGCAGCACGGGCUGGUCAGCUUUACCCUCGGCAAACUGGUGCAGCGGGGCUUCACGGCCAUGACGGUGCCGGACAUGCUCCGAGGGGCGGUGUUUGAGGGCUGCGGGAUGAGCCCCAAUGCCAGCCCCUCUCAGAUCUACAACAUCGAUCCUUCCCGGUUUGAGGACCUCAACCUGGCAGGGACAUCGGAGGUGGGGAUUGCAGGGUACUUCAUGGAUCACGCCGUCUCCUGGAAGGACCUGCCCAUCAGGGUGGUCUGCUCCAGCACCUGCUAUCGGGCAGAGACCAACACGGGAAAGGAUCCCUGGGGGCUCUUCCGAGUCCACCACUUCAGCAAGGUGGAGAUGUUCGGGCUGACGUGUGCAGGGACGGAGCACAGCGCGGCGCUGCUGGAGGAGUUCGUGGGCCUGCAGAAGGAGAUCCUGACCGAGCUCGGCCUGCACUUCCGGGUCCUGGACAUGCCCACCCAGGAGCUCGGCCGCCCCGCCUACCGCAAGUUUGACAUCGAGGCCUGGAUGCCGGGCCGAGGCCGCUAUGGGGAGGUCACCAGCGCCUCCGACUGCACCGAUUUCCAGAGCAGGCGGCUUCACAUCAUGUAUGAGACGGCGGCCGGGGACUUGCAGCACGUGCACACGGUCAACGGCACGGGCUGUGCGGUGCCCCGGAUCCUCAUCGCGCUCCUGGAGAGCAACCAGCAGAAGGACGGCUCCGUGCUCGUGCCCCGAGUCCUCCAGCCCUACCUGGGCACUGACCGGAUCUCCGCCCCCACACACACCCGCCUCCGAUACAUCGGUCCCAACCAGCCCCGGCCCUCCCGGCCCUCCUGACUCCGGCCGCUGAGGGCCCCCUUCCGGGCUCUUUGGCCCUUGGCCGAGGCCCCGCCCCCGUCAGUCCCCUGGAUGAUGCACUGGCGCGCCCUUCCUUGCUCUGGGGGCUUCCGGAGGGGGGGGCGGCUCAGGCUCCCACUAGGGGAGGAAGACGUGGGGGCGCCCUCCUGUUCUCUCCCCUUCCUGCCCCAGGGGCACAAUAAACACCCCAGUCACCCCUG